CAAAGAGCAAAGGAUUUAUUCUCAGUUUCUCAGUUCUACAACCACUCUGCUUCAACGUACAGACUCAUCUUUUAUUUGCACCAUGCCUACUCGCACCUACGCUGCCAGUGUUGCGGGGCUUCCUGUAAGGGACCCGCCCCCUCUCAGGUCUCCCAAAGACAGCAGCGAAAUCCCAUCUGAUGAUGACAUGGGAUUCAACGACCCACAGAAUAUCAUCUACGUCAACCUGAAGGCGAAGGACUUGACUGAUCCAAAAUGGACAGAACGCAUCAACUAUCUCACGCAAAUGCUUCAGUUGACUCACCAGCUUGCGACCAUUCAGACUGGCAUUCAGGUCAAGGACCGGAAAGCGGAAGGAGUUUUGCCCGACGAUAUGAGCGACGCUUCUCAAUGGAAGCGCUCUGAAUAUCGCCACAAAGUCAUGGACACCUAUUUCAAAGAUGGUGUAUAUACCUGGUGCUAUAGCCCCCAGGAAACGGAAGUCGAGAAGCACAUUUCCGUUGACAAGACUAACUUUCACUGGGAAUUGCUCAAGGACAUGCUGGCUGGUAUCAUUGUUCCUGGACCGAUUGAAAGCUCACUUGAAGCAAUCUUUAAGGGAAUUACUGAUACCAUUCUCAAGACAGAAGUCACUACUGAUAAGAGGUCCUUUUGGAGUUUGGUUCAGGUUUUCACAUAUGAUGCGGUGCAAGACAAGCUUAAUGGAUCUCUCCGGAACAUCACUUAUACCUUGUCCCAGGACAUGAAGGAGGUUACCGUGGGCAAAGCCAGUCAUACCUCUAUCCAGGUCGACUUCGCCUUCAGUCAAUGCGACUUUUCCUUCAACGAAAGCACGUGGGAUAGUGUGAAGGAAAAGGUCAACCAGUAUAUUAUCAGUACUGGCAUUGGUAACAUCACUGACCCGCCUAAGGUUGACGUUUGAUCAUCAAUGGAUCCAACCCACGCAACUAGGAUUGUUGGCAGAAUGCCUUCCAGUGGGAUAGUAUACACUCCUUUAUAUUUAACAAGACCGCUGGUUAGCUAUGAAAAAUAAGAACCAGUAC